GGAACAGAUCAGUCAACCAAAUGUGAAAAAGGAGAGUUACAAGAAUCAACAGUAAACUCCAAAGCGGAGAAGGUAGGAUAAACCAUCUUCCACCUUGUGCUAAUUAAUCAAACGUUGAUGUUCAGAUUGCUAAAAAUAGUGUUUGGGAGUAAGAUUGCAACAAGGGUCAAAGGUAAGGAUCGGUGCCUGUAAUUUACCAAAAAUUUAAAUGCUAGCACUGCCAUUUUCGUCCGCCAUCGAGUUCUCCACCCUCAGGCCGCCUAUCCCCACCGAGCUGACCACUGCAAUACCGAUGGACAAAAUAAAUCAACCAAGUAUGGAUGUUACGGACAUAGAACAAAGAGAGAUGGAUGGUACUGCUGCCAAAGUGGAUGAUUUCAAGGGUAGAGUGGAUGAGAUAAUCACAAAAGUUGACAGACUUGAGCAUAGAGUGAGUGAAGUUGAGCAAUUUUACUCAACUACUGAAAUAAAGCAACCAAGCACGUCUAGAAAUGCCCCAAUUUUGAUCGAUAAAGAUAAGGAGAAACAUGUUCCCAGUAUGAAGAAGCUACAACAGGAUGCAUCACGCAGAGAGGCUGCUGCUGCAAAGAGAAUGCAAGAGCUAAUGCGCCAGUUUGGUACUAUAUUUCGUCAGAUCACACAGCACAAGUGGGCAUGGCCAUUUAUGCAACCAGUAGAUGUUGAAGGACUUGGGUUGCAUGAUUAUUAUCAGAUAAUUGACAGGCCCAUGGACUUCAGUACAAUAAAAAACCAAAUGGAGGCCAUGGAUGGGACUGGGUAUAAGCAUGUCCGGGAGAUAUGCUCUGAUGUGCGCCUGGUUUUUAAAAAUGCAAUGAAGUACAACGAUGAAAAGAGUGAUGUUCAUGUAAUGGCCAAAACCUUAUUGGAGAAAUUUGAGGAGAAGUGGCUGCAGUUUUUGCCAAAAGUUAUGGAAGAGGAAAAAAAACGAGAAGGGGAAGAAGCAGAAGCACGUUUUAAUGUGCAGCUCGCCCAGGAGGCAGUCCACAUGAAACUGGCCAGGGAUAUAAACAACGAGCUUUGUGAGGUUGAUAUGCACAUUGAAGAACUCAGGGAGAUGAUUGUUAAAAGAUGCAGACGUAUAUCUAUUAUGGAGAAAAGGAAACUUGGGAUUGAUCUCACCAAAUUAUGUCCUGGAGAUCUUAGCAAGGCACUAGAGAUAAUAGCUCAAAAUAACCCCAGCUUCCCAUCGACAGCUGAAAACGUGGAGCUUGACAUUAAUGCACAGAGUGAAUCAACACUGUGGAGGUUGAAGUUUUUUGUGAAGGAUGCAUUAAAAGACGAGCACAAGAAUUCAAACAAAGACGAUGAUGAUAAUAUCACCACCAAGAACGCUGCUAUCGCCCAAAAUGAUGGCACUGCCUCCAAACGCAAAAAAGAGAUAUGUGAUGCCGUUGCCAAGGUUGCCAAGCGUCGGAAUAAGAAGCUUGGUUAAUAUAUAUGCUAUAGAUGUAGUUGGCAUGUAGCAGGACAAUGUUUUCUUGCACCUCAGGGUAUUAACGCUGAUAGGAGUAAAAUGAAAAUGAGGACCUUGCAAAUCCUAGUGUUCUGAUCAUUGAGAAGUUGGCCAGCUUUUAAGCCCCAGUUUGCCAACUUACUACCCUAGACCCGGAUGAAUUAGCUAGUAGUGCUAUGUGUACAAAGUUGCCUAAAUUUGAAUUUCCUUUCGGAGAAGUUAUGGUUGGGGUUCCCGACUCGUGCAUAACGUAGCUCCUGGGUUUCAUUCUAUAUUUCUUGGCAUCUCUGUCUCCGACGUAUAAUCUUUUACUAGUCAAAUUGACUAAUGGUGAUCCAAAUGUUAUAAAAUUGAAAGGUCGGAGACUUGGAUACCGAAGAACAUAGGUCCAAAUUUCCUCAUUUUUACUUAGUUUACUGCUUUCUGCCCAAUUCCGUAAAUGAUAUCGUUAUUUGAUAUU